CCUCUUCAAAAUGAUAAGGGAAAUGUCAGUGUAGCAGUAGCUUGAUAAGAGACACAGCUGACUGUCUCACUCUCCGGCACUGCAAAUUCUCUCCCUCCCUCUCUGCUUCUCCAACUUCACUCUGCACCACCAUCUACGACGACGUUUCGAUUUCUCAUCCCCACCCUCCCACCACACCACACCACACCACUACUGCAAAACUCAGGUUUCUACUUUCUAAUCCGCUUUGGUUUUCUCUGAGGCGACAACUAUGGCUUCCAUUCAAGCCAAUCUUGUUCCCAACUUGUCCUUCAACCAUUUCCAGACACCAUCAUCAUCAUACCUGGUAGGUGUUGGUAAUUUGCAAUGUAGAGUUGGUUUCAGCAAGUCAAGGAGGAGGCUUCCUUCUCAUAUUUGUAUAAAGUGUUGUGAAAAAAAGAAAGAUGAAUAUACUGAGCUUGAGCAUGUAUCAGUUGAACGUCCACCCUAUUACAGUUACAUGGACUCCACCUCCGGUCAGCUUGAGCCGGCUUCCGGUGCUCGGUCCAGUCUUCCUGAAGAAGACUUAUGGCCUGAAGGAACUGUUAAUCAAGUCAGGGCUGGUAGAGCACCUCCUCCGACUGGUGAAUCGUCAGGAACGCCGUCUUAUGGAAGCAAGCCUGGGAGUAGGAGGAAGAAGGGCAGAACUUCUAUUUCUGCUUCUUCUGAUGAUGGUUCUUCCUCUGAGGCUGUUGCUGAAUCAACUGACACUGCGCUGCUUGAGGUUUCGGUUGAAGAACCCUUCGAGGAUGACUCUCCGGAUUCCUCGUCAUCUGACUAUGUUGUUUAUCAGUCUGAACCCGUGGAAGAAGAGGCGUCUGAGUUCGACCUUGAUAAGAGGCUUGGAGUUCCUCAUCCAUUUGUUGAUCCGAAAAUCAAAAAGCCGAUAGAGGGAACACUUACAAGUGAAGAACUGUGGUGGAAUUGGAGGAAGCCAGAGAAAGAGCAAUGGUCCAGAUGGCAAAGGAGGAGACCUGAUGUUGAAACGGUUUUCCUGAAAGCCAUGGCAGAAACUGGGCAAGUAAAGCUUUAUGGUGAAGAGCCAACAUUAACUGAAUGUGCUCUUUACCGAGCAAGGCGCCAUCUUUAUAAGGAAGAAAGGCUUCAGGCUGAGCAAGAGAGACUGGAAAGGAUUGGUCCAAUGGCAUACUAUUCAGAAUGGGUAAAAGUAUGGAAGGGAGACACAUCUCGCGAAGCUAUUCAGAAGCACUUUGAAGACACCGGUGAAGAUGAAAAUACUCAACUAAUUGAAAUGUUUUCCCACCAAACUGCCGAGGAGUAUCGCAUUAUGAUGGGAACUGAUCUUCGUAUUCCUAGGGAUCCUUUAGCAAUGCGAAUGAGGGAGGAUCAGAUAAAGCAAAUAUGGGGUGGAGAUCCGGUUUACCCAACUGUGAACUAUAUUCAAGAUCCAGAUGUAGUGAUUGACUUUAGGGGGCCAGAUUUUCAUGAACCGACACCAGAUAUGUUAGCUUAUCUGAAGGAGCAUGGAAAAAUCAUUUCAAGGGAGGAACUUGACAAGAUUCUGGCAAAGGAAAAGAAUGAACAAGUUGAGUUGACAGACAUGGAUGAAGCUAUGGCCAAAGCCGUUGAUAUUGGUGAAAAUGAUGAUGAAGAGGAUAGUGAGCUUGAUGAGGAAGAGGGAGAUGGAGAGGAAGAGGAAGAGAAGAUUGAUCGUAAAUGGAGUGUAUUGAAAACUACUCCCCAGCCUCGCAAGUCAAAGGCAAAACCCAAGAAAGAUGGUCCUAUGUCCCUGGAGGAAGCUGUAGACGAUUCUGAAAACUUGACUGAUUUCCUCUUGGACUUUGAAGAAGAAGAGUGAAAUGCCUCUCCUUGCGAAGUGUAGACAUGCACCUUAUGUUGUAGACAGGAUGAAAGGUUUGCAUGUAAAGCAUUGCUUAUCAAAUUUUUGAACCAUUAGUAACAUCAUCUAGGCAUUCCACAAUGGUUAGGGUGGCUCAGGCAAUAAAUGUUGGAAAGAGAUUACGAAUUCUAGUAGCUCAAAAGUUAUAGAAACAUUAAGCCAGUCUUUAGUUCCCGUUUGUUUCCAAAACCUUCCUAGGUACACAUUUCUGAUAUCUUGAGUCUUCUUCACACGGAACUUAGCAGAUAUUUAAGUAUAUUGCUGCUCAUUGUAAUUUUGGUGCAAACUGAAACAUGAUAUAUUAAAUAUUAAAUCACAUCUUCUUUCUCGCUA